ACUAAAACUGCUAACCAUGUCUAUAGCUCUGUCUUCUCCGAGCGAGAUGUCCAGGAACAAAAUUGAACCUGUAAAUGAUGAGAGUGACACAAAAGUCAUACUGCAGUCAGACAGUGAUCAAUCCAGAAGCUCUGGGUUCUGUGGAUACCUCCUUACCUUCCUCUCCUUCCUCCUUGUCUUUCUUACUUUCCCUGUCUCGGUCUGGUUUUGUAUGAAGAUUGUCCAGGAAUAUGAAAGAGCAGUUAUUUUCCGAUUGGGGCAACUCCUAGGCGGUGCUAAAGGACCUGGUUAUUAAUUACUAUUCUUAAAAUCAAUAUACAUUUUUUUUUGCUUAGCUCAGUUGUAACUAGCAGUUUUCCUUAUGGAUUGUUUUAAAGGUUUGUUCUGGAUUAUUCCAUGUGUGGACACAUUUAGAAAGGUUGAUUUAAGAACAGUGUCUUUUGACAUCCCUCCACAAGAGGUGCUGACCAAAGACUCAGUGACAAUCAUGGUGGACGCGGUGGUCUACUAUCGUGUCUUUAACCCCACUGUCUCUAUUACCAAAGUGGAGAAUGCAAAUCAUGCCACAAAGAUGCUUGCACAGACUACAUUACGAAACAUGCUGGGAACUAAGAGUCUGGCAGACAUCUUAAAAGACCGUGAGGAGAUGUCUGAACAGAUGGAGGCUGUGCUGUAUGCUGCAUCCAAGAACUGGGGUAUCAAAGUGGAACGGGUCGAGCUUAAAGACGUCAAACUGCCCACCACUUUGCAGAGAGCCAUGGCAGCUGAGGCCGAGGCCACCAGAGACGCCAGAGCCAAGGUGAUCGCAGCAGAGGGAGAAAUGAAAGCCUCUCGUGCGCUGAAGGAAGCAGCAGACGUGAUGUCACAGUCUCCGUCUGCGCUUCAGCUGCGCUACAUGCAGACGCUGACGGAGAUUGCCUCAGAAAGGAACUCAACUAUUGUCUUUCCUCUUCCUAUUGACUUCAUCUCUAAUUUCAUGAAAAGGUGACCUUAUAUAGGCAUGAUCUAUUAAUGUUCAGUUAUCAAUUGUACAGUACAAUGUUUCUCUUUGUUUUAAAUAUAGGCAAAACAUAUUCUGGUUAUAUUAUAGAUAUUUUGCACUUUGCAUCUUUUCUUACAUAUUUUUUAUU